GCGUGGCAGCUGGUAGCUUAGAUACUGUAGUUACAGCUGCAGGGAACAGCUGUAAACCCUAACACGAGGCUGCCACUCACAGAUUCACGACUCUGGGCUCUAUGCUUGAAGCCCAGGAGCUAAGGGCCCGGGACAAAUCUGCCUGCAAGAUCGCGGCCUGCGGAGGCAACGGCGUCCGGUGCUACGGUGGCCGCACGGGGCCCUGUCCCGUACGUCCCGCGGUGCGUACGCGCUGCUAGGCGCCGCUGCUGGAGCCGGAGCGUAUCCUGGUGUGGGGACUCCUGCGCCGCUGUGCAGUUAUCCAGUCCCGUGUCGCUGCCGAGGGGUCGGCUUGAGGCUGACGGAGUGGAUAAGUACAGUGAAUUUUAUAAAAGAAUGGAAUCAAGUGAUGGCUUUUUCUUUAGAGUUUGAAUAUGGAGGCUUCAGGAACAGAUGAAGUUGACAAGCUAAAAACUAAAUUUAUGUCUGCUUGGAACAACAUGAAAUACAGUUGGGUGUUGAAAACAAAGACAUAUUUUAGUAGAAAUUCACCUGUUCUAUUACUUGGAAAAUGUUAUCAUUUUAAAUAUGAAGAUGAAAACAAGAUGUUGCCUGCAAGAUCAGGGUGUACCAUUGAAGAUCAUGUAAUUGCAGGAAAUGUGGAAGAAUUCCGUAAGGAUUUCAUUUCUAGAAUUUGGCUGACCUACAGGGAAGAAUUUCCUCAAAUAGAAGCGUCAGCCUUGACAACAGACUGUGGCUGGGGCUGUACACUGAGGACCGGCCAGAUGCUGUUGGCUCAAGGCCUCAUACUACAUUUCCUUGGUCGAGCUUGGACCUGGCCUGAUGCACUGCAUAUAGAGAAUUCAGACUCGGACUCAUGGACUUCCAACACUGUCAAAAAGUUCACUGCAUCAUUUGAAGCAUCACUGUCAGGGGAAAGAGAACUCAGAACUCCAACAGUCUCUCUGAAGGAAACAACUGGGAAGCGUUCUGAUGACCACACAGUACAGAAUGAGAUUUAUCACAGGAAAAUCAUCUCUUGGUUUGGAGAUUCCCCCGGGGCUGUCUUCGGUUUACACCGACUGAUAGAGUUUGGGAAGAAGUCUGGGAAAAAGGCUGGAGAUUGGUAUGGACCAGCAGUGGUUGCUCACAUUUUAAGAAAAGCAGUAGAAGAAGCUAGACAUCCUGACUUACAAGGAAUAACUAUUUAUGUUGCGCAGGACUGUACAGUUUACAAUUCUGAUGUAAUUGAUAAACAGACUGACUCUGUGACCUCUGGGGAUGGCAGGGACAAGGCUGUUAUUAUCUUAGUUCCCGUUAGACUUGGUGGAGAAAGAACCAACACCGACUAUCUGGAGUUUGUGAAGGGUGUCUUAAGCCUUGAAUAUUGUGUAGGUAUUAUUGGCGGCAAACCUAAACAGUCGUAUUACUUUGCUGGCUUUCAAGAUGACAGUUUGAUUUACAUGGAUCCUCAUUACUGCCAGUCCUUUGUGGAUGUCAGCAUAAAGGAUUUCCCUCUUGAGACAUUCCACUGUCCUUCUCCUAAAAAGAUGUCAUUUCGGAAAAUGGAUCCUAGUUGUACAAUAGGAUUUUACUGUCGAAACGUCCAGGACUUUGAACGAGCGUCUGAAGAAAUCACUAAGAUGCUGAGCAUUUCCUCUAAGGAGAAGUAUCCAUUAUUCACUUUCGUAAACGGCCAUUCCAGAGACUUUGAUUUUACAUCUACUGCAGCCAGUGAAGAAGACCUUUUCUCAGAAGAUGAGAAGAAAAAAUUCAAAAGAUUUAGCACAGAAGAGUUUGUCCUACUUUAAAGAGUCAUGCAUUUGUGUCUAUGAGGAGAGCUUGACUACGGGGGGAGCCACGAAGAGUGACAAGCACACUCAAGAUCCUCAGUCAUCAGAUCCCAGCUGUGCGUGUCCUUUUAACCGUGCACAUUUGAAAACACCCAAACUUUAAAGGUAUUUUUCUGAAAGGAAUGGCUGAUGGCUCUAGUUUUCUGGUGAUAAAUAACAAUGAUUCUGGUUGCAUUUCUAUUUCCCAAAGAUGUGCUGAUGAAACACUACCUUAACUGUAAGCCUUUUGGUCCCCAUCAACUUCUACCUGAGCCCAUUGGUCCCCUGGAGGUUUUGAUACAGGUUCCCUCAAAGAUUGGGAUCACCAAAUUAAUUUUCAAAGCCUUGCUUGGUGUUAAUGUCAGGAGACCAGAGACUGGGUCUUCAGAACUUCCCAGGCUCCUGCUGGUAAGGGAACCAGAGGAUGCCUUGGCUUUGUGUAUCUAGAUAACUAAAUGGACACAUGAAAUCAUGUAAGCAGGAUUUUCAGGCAAUACUUAAAAAUAUGGUUUUAUAAUAGCUACUCAUUAUGCUUGCUGCAGAGCAAUGAAGAAUGAAUAUAAAGCAUUGUGUUUUCUUUUCUUCCUUCCUUUCUUUUCUUUUUCUUUUUUUGUCCUGGGGAUUAACUCAGGGCCUUGUACAUGCUAGGCAGGUGUUCCACCUCGGGGCUGUCCUGAAGUGUCGAUUUUUCCCAUGUAUUUAAAAGUUAAGUUGUCAGUAGUAUCUAUAUUUAUUUUAAUUAGGUAAAGGAAAUUCCAGAAUAGUUGUAUCAUUUGUUCCUAUCUUAAAAGUGAAAUUUUAUGGAAAUCCAAUGUAUUACCCAAUUUUUAAGUCUAAAGAUGAAUACCAAGAAAGAUGUGGAUGCUUUCUGAUUUUUCUGUUUGUUUAAAGUGAUGUCAUGGUGUUUAGAAGUUGAGACUAUUUACAGUUUAAAUCUGCCUUAAGUGUGUUGUGAGUUUACUUAAAGACAAAUUUGUGAUAUAUUGAGAGUUAUUACCAUGCCAGGUUUAUAAAACAAAUACUUUAAUAAAAAUGUGAGAACAUAAAAUACUUUUGUUUU